CUUCUCUGGAUGGUUUCCACCCCCAUCUCCUCCAGAAGCUUCCUGUUGGAGCUUCCUUCCAGGCUAGACAGGCAGGUCCAGAAGCCAAAUAGUCCAGAAACAGGCCCAGUGCCGGAGACCCUGGAGAUGUUGCGGCUGCUUCUGCCCCUGCUAUGGGCAGGGUCCCUUGGGAAGGAUCCCGGGUACGUACUGCAAGUGCCGAAAUCGGUGACGGUGCAGGAGGGCCUGUGCUUCCGCGUGCCCUGCACCGUGACCUACCCCCACGUUGGCUGGGACAACUCGACCCCUGCUCACGGCUCCUGGUUCCUGAAAAAGGAUAAUCUCACAGCAGACCUUCUCGUGGCCACAAACAAGAAAAGCAAGAAAGCGAAACGGAAGCCGAGAUUUUCAUUCUACUUCUCCGGGGACCCCGGGGACAACAACUGCUCCCUGAGCAUCACAGACGCCCAGAAGAGCCACCGUGGAAAGUAUUAUUUCCGACUGGAGAGCGGUUCCGGGAACCACAGUUACCAAAGUAACCUGGUCACGGUGGACGUGGCAGAGCUGACACAGAUCCCCGACAUCCGCGUCAAGGAGCCCCUGGAGGCAGGCUGCCCUGCGCACCUGACGUGCUCCAUGCCCGGGGCCUGCGAGCCCCUCACCAUCUCCUGGACCGGGGUGGUCCUCAGACCUCUGGGACUGGACCAGGCGGCCUAUAACUCCUCGGAGAUCCUGCUCAGCCCCCGCCCGCAGGACCACGGCACCAACCUCACCUGUCGAGUCACCUUCCCCAGGACUAGAGUGAGCAGGGAGAGGACCCUCACGCUCAACGUGUCCUACGCUCCAAGAAACCUGACCAUUAGCGUCUUCCGAGGAAGCCCCACAGAGCUGGAAUAUGUGGGGAACGGCUCAUCUCUUCCAGUCCGGGAAGGGGACUCUCUGGGCCUGCUCUGCGUCGCGGACAGCAACCCUCCCGCCACCCUGAGCUGGGCCCGGGGCAGCCGGACCCUGAGCCCCUUGAAGCCUUGGAACCCCGGGGUCUUGCAGUUGUCCCGGGUGGAGUCCCAGCAUGAAGGCGAAUUCUCCUGCCAGGCUCAGCACCCGCGGGGCUCUCUGCGCGUCUCCCUGCAUCUCUCGGUGCACUACCCCCCACGGCUGCUGGGAACCUCCUGCUCCUGGGAAGACGAGGGUCUGCGCUGCAGCUGCUCCUCCCGAGCCGAGCCGGCCCCCUCGCUGCGCUGGCGGCUGGGGGAGAGGCUGCUGGAGGGGAACCACAGCAAUGCCUCCUACACGGUGACCUCCAGCUCAGAGGGGCCCUGGGCCAACAGCUCCCUGAGCCUCCGCGCGGGGCUCAGCGCCGGCCUCAGGCUCAGCUGCGAGGUGCAGAAUGUCCACGGGGCCCAGAGCGCCAGUGUCCUGCUGCUGCCAGGGAAGCCGGAGCUGGGGAAAGCAUUCUUCUUGGGGGCUGUGGGGGGAGCCGGUGCUGCUGGCCUGCUCAGCCUCUGCCUCGGUUUCAUCUUCUUCAAAGUGAAGACCCGCAGGAAGGAUGCACCUGAGGCUGCAGCUGGUGGGAAGGACGCCCCCUCCCGGCUGGGUCCCACCUCCCGGGGUUACCAGCAUAAGUGCCUCCCAGGCAGCCACCGAGACCACCCAAGCCCGGCGCCGGCCGCGCCCACCUCCGGGGAGGAGCACGAGCUCCAUUACGCUUCGCUCAGCUUCCAAGAGCUGAGGCCCUGCGAGCGUCCGGACCAGGAGGCCACCAGCACCACCGAGUACGCAGAGAUCAAGAUCCGCGAAUAAGGACCCCCCAGCUCCGGCGACCUGUGGCUGGAAGACCCAGGGCUUCUCCGGGAAGGGAGACGUCAGGGACAACUCCGGAGAACGAGCUAAGGACUACUGCAAGGGUGUCCCAGUGGUGUGGUGAUGGGCGGAACUGGGCUCAAAUUUCAGCCCCAUCGCCAAUCAGGAGCCUGAGUUUGAGCACGGCCCGUCACUUCCUAGUCUCCUCUCGUAACGUGGGGACUGGAAACCCAACUUGCAGGGCUGUGGCAGAGGGUUGAGGCAACAAUGAACAGUAAAGCGCCGGACAGGUGCGCGUGCGCAGAGCGCGCCCCGCGCCUGAGCUCACGCGUCUUUUCAGAGCAGCCCGCCUGGAAUAAGGGUACGGGCAUCCUGGCUGAGAUGGGGACCACUCUGCAGGGCUGUUUCAGCUCCAGGCCUCCCUGAAGGCCUGGGCGAGGCUGUCGCUGGGCCUCAAUGCAGCUCCGCCCCACGUGCCUGCGACCCCUCCCCUCCACAGGGACCACCUCCCGGGCAUGGCCGCUGCACGCAGGUCUCUUGGAGCUAGCUUCCUACAAACCCCAUUUGUGUAUUGUAGCACACACACAAAAUCGCUCACUGAUGAUCUGAACUGAUAGCUUAUCUAAUUACACACCUCUUUCUUUCA